UGGACGUCUGGGGGGAUCACACACAUUUCCGAUUAGAGGAGGAGGGAGAGAGAGGGAGGGAGGCAGAGAAAGAGGGAGAGAGAGAGAGAGAGAGAGAGAGAGAUUACCCUUUCAACUCAGCCAAUGAGACGGUCGAUACACUAAGAUUUUCAUAGUUGUGCAGGAGCACAAAGUGAGCGGACUGUGUGAACUUCCAGGUGAAACUGCAAACCGACUCUAGCUCCUGAUACUCAGGUCUUUUCCUCUUUAAGCCCUUGAGGCCGCUCCUCCAAGCUUUGAUGCCCACACUUUUUGAAGCAGGUGGACAGACGCAGGCAUGAGUAACAGUGGCACCAAAGAGCCGUCUCCCCAGCCGAGCACUGCCCAGUCACCCCCUGAGCCUCAGCGCAGGGGCAGGGGUCGGCCACGAAAACAGCAGCAGGAGCCUGUUGGACCACCGACUCCAAAGCGACCAAGAGGACGACCAAAAGGCAGCAAGAACAAGGGCCCUAGAACUGCACUGAAGAAAGUAGAGCCCGUUGGGGAGAGACGACCACGCGGGCGACCAAGGAAAUGGCCCCAGAAAGUAGUUCAAGAAGUAACUAAAGAGCAGCAGGGCCCUUCAGAAGAGGCUGAAGAGGGUCCCUCACACCUUGUGCCCUCGUCAUCUCAGGUUCCAACACAGGAGAAAGGGGAGUAGAUAGGACACCUACCUCAAGGUUUGGCCUCAAACAGGGGUACAGUCUGACUCCUAUCUGUGAUGGGGAUUCAGAAACACACUCAUUUUAAAAAUCCCUGCAGACAAUUGUUUUUUUUUUCCAGUGGGAUAGUUCUCCCGGUCUGAUACUGUAUCCUGGAAUUGUUGGUUUACUCCAAGAGUUUGGUUUUAAUGUGGAAGAAAUUGAUCUUUGAAUGGGGCUUUUUAAGGCAGUAGUUUUCCAUUUUGGGAAAUAUGCUUAUUCACUUUCUCUCCAAGGACUAAAUACCAUUAUCAGAUUUGUUUGGAUAGCAUACUGCCAUCAGCUGGUUAGCUUAACUUAGCACAAAGUCUGAAAAUGUCCAAAAUCGUCUUAGUAGCACCACUAAAGCUCAUUAAUUACCAUCUUGUAUCUCUGUUCUUUCUGCAUGUGCCUUAGUAGGUGCUGGCAAGCAGACUUUGUUAUUUGUUUUGUUAACUUUAGCUAACUCCCCCACUCUGUCUUCAUUCUUUAUGCUAAGCUAUAGUAUCAAUUUCCUCAUCUAACUCUCAGGAAGAAAACCCAUAAGCCUAUUUCUCAAAAAUGUUGGACAGUUCCUUUAAGGAUACUCGCUUUCCUGAACUCAUCAGUGUGAGUGAGUAUGUGUGAUGAUUGCAAGCUAAAAUGAGAGAGGGGUUAAGAAAAACAAAAAAGAAACCAAACUGAACCAUUUUAUUGAAACGUUUUUAACUCAGCUGUCAUGAAUCCUCGCAAACUGGGAGCAAGACAGUCACAUUUUUAGCAAUGUUACAAUAUAAACAUGUUGCGCUGAAGUCAUUAUUGUGAAAGUAGAUGUGAAAGGUUUUAUUCCAAAAUGCAGUAUCCAAUGAUAGAGAGAAAAAUGUCUUGUUCUUUUCUUAGAAUAAAAUGCAUUGGGUUACAUUAACUUAAAUGUCAAUAUAAACAAAGAAUUCAGA